AUGUUACUUGAGCUCCUAGAAGUUACGCUUGUAAUCUCUUCCGCAUUUGGACAAGGUAAUCCACAGAUGGCGAAUGAUGUACCCCGUGAUCCUUACGAUCUGGGAAUAUAUGGCAGCGUUAGAAUGCCUGACGGACACGGAUCAGGAAACAGAAUGCGUGAAGGUGGAAUGGAAAUGAUACCCAAUGAUGGAAUGAAAAUGCCAUAUAACGGAGGAAUGCCUGGUGGUAAAAUGGGAGUGCCUAAUGAUGGGAUGGGAAGGCCUGAAUUAAAAAUGGAACCGCCCAUUUUUCAAGGAUUUAGAAUACCUGGAGGUGGAUUGCCGCAGGAUUUUUGGAAGGGAAAAAGAAUGCAAGGUAGAUGGCCGUUCAAAUCAAUGAUAGGAAGACAGGACCUUUUUAAGAUGCGCCCGAUGCGAGGUGAUUUUAACUCAGAAAGUAACUGA